UGGCUCUCAUUCAUUCAUUCGUCGUCGCUCCGUUCGACAUAAUUAUCUCGUUUACAGUUUUACUUUUUAAUUACUGAAAGAAGUGAAUUGCUUUAUGUUCGAUGAUUCAUUAAAGUUUAAAUUCAUUACAAAUGUGCCGAUAGAAGCGGCAACGUUUUACAAAGUGGUUUUAAGAACGUAUGGAUAAUCUGAAACAAUUCAACACAAUGGCUUCGGACGAUAACUGGAGGACUCAAGCCUUUAGGCAGAGUGUUGUGUCCAAGAUUGAGGAGGUAAUCCAACGCUCGGGCGUACAAGUGGCCCGUAACAGCAGUGAGAUGGAGAACCAUGUGUUUAUGAAGGCCAAGACUAGGGAGGAGUAUAUGAACAUGGUCGCCAAACUUAUUCUGCAUGUGAGAGAAAUGUCUCAAUCAAAACAAAACCAAGGUCAACAACAAAUGCAGGGCCCCAAUCAAGGUCAAGUACCCGGGCCGAGUCCCCAAGUUCAAGCACCCCAAGGUCAACAACAGCAACAGGGGCCCAACCAGCAAGGUCUUACACAAGACCCAAUUAACGCCCUUCAAAACUUAGCAUCACAAGGUUCAAGGAACCAAAUGAUGACCAUGGGCCCCCAAGGUCAAAUGCAACAACAAGGCGUCAUGGGCCCCAAUUCUGGUAUGGGAGGAAUGCAAGGUCAGAUGGGACAACAAGGACCAAUUGUGUCUCAAGGACCUCAAGCACAAACUGCCACUAAUUUGUUGCAAACACUUAAUCAGAGACCUCAGAUGAAUAUGCAGCUACAGAACAAGCUUGGUGGUCCGAUGGGGAUGGUGGGGAACCAAGGUCAAAUGGGGAACAAUAUGGUUGGUGGUAUGGGAGGAAUGGGGAAUCCUAUGGGCAGUCAGCUUCAGAGUCAGCUUGCUGGUGGCAUGCAAGGACAGAUGAUGCCAAAUAUGUCUAUGCAGAACUCUAUGCAGGUCCCCAUGAGUGGGUCUAAUACCAUGGGGCAGAUGCCGUGCAACCAAGUGGGGAUGGGAGGUCAGAUGGCACCGAAUAACAUGCAAGGACAAAUGCCAGGUCAAAUGGUAGGAGGCAUGGGCAACAGCCAGAUAGUCGGCCUCAACAUGCUACACAUGGGUCGUGUGGGCGUGGCCAACAAACAGGAAGUGGGCGGGAUGCUGGGCGGGGCCUACCCUGCGCGUGCGCCGCCCCCGCAGCAGUUCCUGCGCCAGAGUCCCUCGCCGUCUGCCCCAUCGCCUAAUAUGGGAGGCCCGAGUCCUAUGGGUGUAAUGGGUGCCACUAUGACAUCCCCGAUGUCGUCACUGGGUGGGCUGGGUGCUUGCGGCAGUGUGGGCAGCCCUUCGCCCUCCAAUCCGGCCCAUCUUGCUCAUCAUGUGCAGCAACCACAGAGGUCGCCUAGGGGCGUCGGUAUGGGCAUGGUAGCCUCUCCGUCAUCCUCUCUCAACACCCCCGUCGGGGCAGGAGUGGCCUCUCCUGGAGGCGAAGAGGCAGCCUACAGGGAGAAGGUCAGGCAGCUCUCCAAGUACAUCGAGCCUUUGAGAAGAAUGGUGCAUCGGAUGGUCAGCGAAGGAGAAAAUGUUGAAAAGCUGACAAAGAUGAAGAAUCUUCUGGAUAUAUUAUCGAACCCUAACAAACGCAUGCCUUUGGAGACGCUCAUCAAAUGCGAGGUGGUGCUGGAGAAACUCGAUUUUAAACGCAGUGAGGGAGUUGUGGUGCCGAGUGCGGGAAAGGAACAAAUCUUCAACCCACUGCUGGAAGUUGUGAACAACUGCCUACAAUCACCUCUAGCUAACCACACUCUCAAGCGAACUUUCGGAUCAGCACUCGACGCUCUUAAUGGACCAGAAAUGAGGAAUCUACCAACACCGCAAAAGAUUCCGAAAUUAGAGGAGCCACCAAUGGAAAUCCCUGAUGUACUGCAGGGUGAAAUUGCCAGAUUAGACUCGAGGUUUAAGGUAUCUCUAGAACCCAUGUCGUACUUCGGCGGUGGUGGCGGUGCUAUAUCCCUGAUCGCAGCACUAGACGAGCCGCGGCUGCCGUGCGUGGCGGGCGUGCACGUGUCCGUGCCGCGCGACUACCCCGCCCGCCCGCCCGUCAGGCUCAAGCCCAGGCCCGCCAAGGAUCUGGCUCCACACUCCUUCUUAGCGAGAUUAGAGAGAGCUAUGGAUGCUAGGUGUGCUAGAUUACCAAAAAGCUGUUCAGUAGGACAACUCCUGGACGCGUGGGAGAUGAGUGUGCGACAAGCCUGUGCACCGAACUCCGGCACCUACACUCCCGUGCCAGCACUCGGAAUCUAAGCUACUAGUAACAUAUCUAUACUUUAUUUGAGUAUGCAGUAAACUAAAGGUAAACAGUCUUGAUACUUUUUACACCAAUAAUGGCCGAUUUCGGCGGCUGUUCUCAUAUAAGUAGAUCAGCCAACUGCGCAGGACAUAUUAUAGUGCACAAGCGUUUGCGCAGGCACAGGUGCACUCCCUAUUCCUUCACUCUCAUAGCCCGAUGGGACGGCAAUCCGAUACGACCGGAGAGAGAUCAGGCAAAAACAUACUCGUGUUAACAAAUGUUGUUUAAAAUAAUAAUUAAAUAGAUUAAGUAACUGUUGUUAUUGCCGCUUUUUGUUUUGAAACUGACUUUCUAAAUACAGAGUUAUAUCAAGAUUAUUUAUCUUUAGAUAAGUGCACUCAGUUGGAGUAUUUAUUUGUAUUAUACCUUAUACAUAAGUGUGCUAGUGUAAAUUGACUUGAUGAUGUCAAAAAUCUAUGUUCUGGAACAACGAAUUGAUUCGAUUUGAUUUGACCGUGUGUGGAAAGACGUUUUUUGGUACUUUAUUUCUUAUUUUGCCGUCUAGAGUCAACAAGCACCUUUAUCUACGAACGGUUGACUGCACAUCAGUGGUAACUGUCAUGCACCUUAAGACAAUUGUAAUAAGUACGAUUUUCCUAUAAAACUGUUAUCACUGACCUGAAGUUGACUGUACCAUGUAUCAUAUUCAAAAUCAAUAAAUCUUAGAUGCGUUGAGCCUUCUCAUCAUAUUCAGAUAAGCAACCUUCUGUAUAUUAUAGUUAAAUGUUAUUUAUGUUUUCAAAUAUUUUUGUUUUUGACAUAAAUGAAAACCAAAAGUUUUUCCUGUUCAUAGAAAAUUUAACUUUAUUUGUAGGUGCAUACAGUUCAAAAUUGCAUGAAGACUUUUGUGUUACCUAUAUAGUUUCUGUAUGUUUUUGCGGUGUAUGUGACAGUAAUAAGGUUCAAUUUUGUAUGCAGUAUGCACGUGUUAAAUCGUUAAGCUGUUUUUAAUAAACUUAGGUAAAGUAUUAUAAGAUUAAAUACCCAUUUUUGCCACCUCUGGAUAAUAACAAUUUUAUGUCAUAAAAUUUUAUAUAGAUGACAUAAUAGUCCUAUUUAUAAAUAAAUAUGUUAGAUAAUAUGUAUAUUUGGAAGUGGCGAAAAUGGGCACUAAAUUAUAAAAUAAGGUAUUCAAGGGAUCUUCUAAUUUAAAAAGAAACGUAUAUAUUUUGCAGAUGUGAUAUUAAUCUGUGAUAAUUUGAUAAAUACAAAUAUGUAUGUAUGUACUCAAGAUAAAUCAAUAUGUAUGAAUUAUUUCUGCUAUGUUCUGUCUUUACUUUAUGCUUGAUCCCAAAUGAUGUUAAAUACUAAUGAAUUUCCUUAAAGUAUUUGUAAAAAAUAAAAAAUCUUCAUUCUGAAUUGAAAACUUGUAGUAUCUUUUUCGUUGUUCUAAAAAGAUAUGACAGUAUGUUCCGUAUCGAAAUUCAUCUUCUCAAGUGUUUUUGAAAGUACUGGAUCAAUUUUAUGAAUAUAAUGUAUAUGAAAUAGCAACAAAAUAGUUAAAUGUUUAUAUUUUUAUACUUUAACUAUGGAGGUCCCUUUUUGAAAGUUUUAUCGAUGUCAAUGUUGUAAGAGUGUGAGAUAAGCAAUAAUUGUAUUUGUAAGUUUAAAUAAAUUGUAAUUUAAUUGA